AUGGAGGAGCUAGACAGGUUGCUACAGGCGGCUGCCAACCAGUACAAGCAGCUCAAUGAGUUCGGCCAGCGGGCUGCCAACCUGCGCAACCACCCGAAGAAGAAACGAACGUGCGCUGAGGGGCGUGCGGCGGCGGUCCCAGAAGCGACAGUUGCGACGGGCGUCGCGGCAUCCGCUGCUGGGUCGGGCUCUGGAGGCUCGGCCGCAGCCGCAGCGCCCGAAGCGCCGCGGGCAACGGCGCGGCGCCUGGGCCUGCUGGGCGCCGCAUUCAAUAUGUUCUUUUCGAACACCGCGACGUCUACACGAUUGGGGAACGUGCUAGACGAGGUGCCCAGGGACGGGUGGGAGCUGAUGGGCUCGGCUGCGACGCUGACCAAGCGCUCGGAGCACAGCGCCACGGGCGAAGGAUUCGUCCGAACGUUGACAGAUCCAUUGGUGAUAUGGGCAGAUUUGAAUGUCUCGUAUCAGCAGAUGAUCAAGGCUGGCCCCCCCAUCAAGCUCGGCGGAGUCGUGGUCGAGCCAGAUGUGGAGGUCACCUGCGACGCAGGCAAAGGUAGCUUGACUGGCCAUGGCAUCGCGUGGGUGGGCUUCGCGCCUCGGCUCUGCUUGGAGGCAGUCGGAGCAGUGCCCUGGCGAACGCGUUGUGGCUUGCAGCUGGAGAUCGCGGUUGCGAAUGGGGAGUGGUGGCGUCGCGAGCUGGAGUCGCCGAAGGAAUUUCCAUGUCGACCGCGGACCCAAGAAGCCGCGAACCCGGGCUCUAAUGCCGGCCGGGAGAAGCAGGGAUCACGUCAGCGCAGCGAGGAGGAGCUAAUGGAGCACGCGCAGGAGGUGUACGAGGAGGUCAUGAUGAACCCUGAGUUGGGCCCUGAGGCGCUGUAUCUUGCGAGGCAGAAUUUGUGCGCGAUCGCGCGGGCCAAGCGGGGUGGCGCCAAGUCCAGGGCCACGCAGGAGCUGGAGCCGACGAAGGAGAUGAAUUUCAUCGGUGACCAGAUGAUCACCCAGAACAGCCAGCGCCAGGAGGCCGAGAUCACGCUCGCGGAGCUGCGCGCCCAGCGGGUCGCGAAGGUGGAGGAGGCGGCCCCGGGCGUCGAGGGGCAGGCCUGCGAGGGGGCCGCUUUGUGCAGGGGUGGGGCGCCAGGCGCUGGAGAUUACGAGGGCCUCGGCAAGCACAUGGGCACUGCUUCGGUGGAGAUGCGCUUCGGGGUGGCAGAUGUGAUGGCGGAUGCUGAUGCCACGGCAGACCCCGCGGUGGCCGCGCAGGUGCAGGCUCGGAAGUGGGGCGGGAUCUGGCAAGACCCAGCUGACAGCCGCGAGGGCAUCAUCGCACAGCUGGGGCUCACCAAGGGGCGGGCGUCGGAUGCGCAGUUCUACUCCGUCGACGUGGACAUGCUGAAAGGUGCGCUGGCGGCCACGAGUCCGUCGAAGUCGCUCCAGCGGGGGUCGGGGGGGCCGCGUAAUGUUGGAGCUCUACUUCAAUCGUGCGUGGCCAGCGAGCGUUCGGGAUGUCAAAGUGUGAAGUCGCCAUGCUGCGACGUCGAGCUGCGUGCGUUGCGGGUGGCCGCGCUGCGGGGCGAUGUUUGGCUGCCGCGUUGGGCAUGGGAUUGGGCUUGCGAGAUCCAGCAGUGGAUCCUCGACGUGGGGUGUUGCGCGAGCGGAUGGGCAUGUUGCAACAGUUCCCGCGCGCGCGGUCGAGUGUCGCGUGCUAGGUCUUCUAUUCGAUGUAAGUUGAGCCCCCUGGACCAGCAGAAAUGGAUGGCAGUGCGUGGCCCAGUUGGUGCUGUGGUGGCCGCGUUGAUGGGCGUGUGGUGGAUCCCGACCGCGGUCGCGCGCUUGCAUCGGCCCGGCGGUGAUCGGAUGGAGGCGCCGGGGCUGCAGGCCAGCGAGGGCCGCGCCCUCGUCGAGACGGGGUGCUUCCAGGAGCUGCUGGGCGACAUUGCGGCAGACUUGCCGCGGGGCCUGUGGGCCGCGGCGGCCGAGCGCGAGUGCGGCGACAACCUCGAGGAGGACGGUGACCCGUGGCCCAUCGUCAUGGAGCAGAAGCGGUCCGAGCGCAUGGGGUGGGCCGACCUCGACGACGCGGACCUCGACGCCCUCCCGGGCGCCGCGGGGGGGGCCAGCUCCUCCUGGGAGCCCACCUCGGACGACGAGUUCGAGGACGGCGGCUACCACGAGCGGCUGGCCUCGCUCUACAGCUGGCACGCGCGCGCCGGCAGCACCAAGCUCGGCCUCCUCCGGUGCCCGCCCCCGCCGGGCGCCGCGGAGGCGCCCUGCGGUGCCUCGUCCCGUGUGCCGCAUGCCCUGCCGCGGAAUCUCCGGCAGCUCCCCCGCCAGCAGUUCGCGCCGCCGCCAGGACCUGCGACGAUGCCCCCGACGUACGCGCCGUCGGUCGAGACGGCUCGUCCGUGCCCGCCGCCGCGAGGAGCCCCAGACAGCGGCGCUGCCGCCAUCGCCCACCUAUCGAUGCCGCCGCCCCCGCCCGCGGAGGCCCCGCGUGUGCCGCUCCAGGCCCCGCAGGGCUGCUUCGGCGCGGUGCCGCCGCACGCCGCGUGCAAGGAGCAGGUGCGGCGCCACAGCUCGAGCGUCAGCACGCGCACGCCCUCCAGGGACCCGCUGUCCAGCGACUCCGACGAGGGUGAAAGCAACUUCCCCGUGUCGCGUUGCGGCUCUGGUUCUCAGGAGUCCUGCAGCUCCGGCUGCCCCGGGCCGCAGGGCGCGGGGGCGCCAAGGCCGGAGGACUCCUUCCCGCUUUGUUCGAGCGUUCACCAAGGCCCCGAUGAGGGUCGACUGGGAGGAGGGCGUGGUGACGGUGAUGGUGCGGCAGAUCCCGAGGCAGUACAAUCAGAUCAUGUUCCUCGCAGAGGUCUUCCGCCGCCCAGGGCUCUUCGACUUCAUCCGGGAUGCUGAUGCCGCUUCCGCGGAGGCGUGGGGGUCAGAGCCGGUGAGGCCAGACGACGGCAAAGUACGGUCGGACCGAGGUAUUAGAUGGAGGUCGUCCGUGGAGG